CAUUUCACAAAAAUUAUCAUUAACAAUCAAUCAAAAUCCAUCAAAUUUUCAGCUCAAUUAGAUUUCUAUUUCAAAAUCACUAAUCACUAAUAUUUAUCGUUAGAAUCUCGGAAAUGUACAGUCCCUUCUUCACAAAUCACCGGAGGUACCAGCAACCCCACCCGACUUACCAUCCAUUUCACCCCGUUUACUACGCCGAUCCGGUUCCAGAGGAUCUCCGGCCGGCGGAGAUGUCCGCAGCGCCGAAAGUAGUUCGGAUUCCGGUUCAAUUUGCUGGAUCCGAGCGAUUAGACCGGACGGAGUGGGCCGUGAAGAUUCAGAAGGUUUUCAGGGGGUAUUUGGCGAGGAAGAGCCUGCGGAAGGUGAAGGACAUUAAACUCGAGGUGGAUGAGAUCGAGGAGAGGCUGAGGAGCUGCAAAACCGUCGAGUUGGUGAAGACGGACGCGAAGGAGCGGUUACGGAUGAGCGAGAGCCUGAUGUGUCUGCUGCUGAAACUGGAUUCGAUCUGUGGCGUGGAUCUCGGGGUUAAGGGAUGCAGGAAGUCUGUGAUUCGCAAAGCGAUCGGUUUGCAGGAACGGAUUGACGCGAUCGUCGCGGGCGAAAUUGAGGCCGGGGAGUGUGAUUGUGACGUGGCGGAGAAUUGUGCGGAUCUGAAGGAUUCGUGUGAGAUCGAGUGCGACGCAGGCGUAAAUGAGGCCGGGGAGAGUGAGUGUGGCGUGGCGGAGAAUCGUGUGGAUUUGGAGGAAUCGUGUGAGAUGGAGAGGGGUAGGGAGGAUGAAGGUGGGAUGGGGGAUUGUGAGGUGAAGGCGAGUGGCGAAACAGAGAGAGAGUUGUUGGAGAAGACGGUGAAGGAGAAUGAGAAGAUGGUGAGGAUGAUGAGUGAGUUGUUUGAGAGGAAUGAGGCGCAGACGAGGAUGCUGAACGCGCUGACGCAGCGCGUGGGGAUGUUGGAGAGGAUGAUCGUGUGUGAUAGGAUGAGGAAGAAGAAAAAGAAGGCCGCGCCAUUGCCCUGUACAGACAAAUAGUGCUGUGUUGUUUAUUUCUCUUUGAUGUAUUUCACAAAUUCGUAUGCAGUUGAAUUGAAUUGAAUUGAAUCGUGAAAA